AACAGAAGACGAACAGAAUUAGAUUGUACAACUCUCCUUCAAGAUUUGCAAACAUUAAGAAACCAUGAAUAAGCAAUUGGCACUAUGGCUGAUGGCAGCUACAUGUGCUCUGGCUGCACCACAGCGAAAAAAUGGAAUUUCUGCCUCGAACGGCGGACCGGAAAGCACUGCCACCAUAGUCAGACAGGACCAGCUGCUUAACCCGGAUGGAUCGUACAGCUUCGCAUAUGAAACAAGCAACGGGAUCAAAGCAUCGGAAAGUAGCUCUGACGGGGCUAGCGCAACUGGAGAAUUUUCUUACACCGCCCCCGAAGGAGACAAAAUACAGCUCGCCUAUGUGGCUGACCAGGGCGGAUUCCAGCCGCAGGGAGCUCAUCUUCCGGUGGAGCCUCCCCCACCGGAACACGUCCUCAAGGGGCUGGAAAUCAUCCUAGCCAACCCGCCGAAGGAUCCAGAUUUUAAUGCGGCUUUCCUAGAGGCCACCAUAGCCAGACUUAAGGCUCUGCAGGGCUGAGAAGCAGCUUCAAAAAGAUUCGCCGUCUGGCCGUUCUUCGGCUUCGUUCGUUUUUACUUUGUUCAAUUUCGUUGCACAACUUCCUCAGAGCAAAUAAAGCAAAUUGCA